AUGGCGCCAAUAACGAUUGUCAACUUGAUCACCGAGCAGCAAGCCCGAUCAGAUCCCAGUAAAAACACAAAACAAUGUACUAUGUAUUACUGGAAAAAGAAAAUGCAUAAACGGAUUAACAAGAGAAACAGAACUAGUAUACAGAAACAUGAUAAUACACGACAUGAUGACAUGAAUCAGAUACCAGUGUGCAGACUAAGUGUAAAUAAUACACAAACUUUCAAUCACUUGAAAUCUGAGAAUAUAGUAAACGAGUCCAAAGAAAAUUAUUUUGCGGAUCAAGUGAUGGAAGACAAAUCACAAUCUCCAGAUUUAAACACACUUGAGACAGGUUUCUGUCCACAGUCCACUUGCAGCAAUGAAAAACAACAGUUUCGGAGGAAUUCUUGUCCCUCUCUCUUUUCUUCGUCUGAGGAAAAUUAUUUUGCGGAUUAUCAAGUGGUGGAAGACAAAUCACAAUCUCCAGAUUUAAACACACUUGAGACAGGUUUCUGUCCACAGUCCACUUGCAGCAAUGAAAAACAACAGUUUGGGAGGAAUUCUUGUCCCUCUCUCUCUUUUUCGUCUGAGAAAAAUUAUUUUGCGGAUUAUCAAGUGGUGGAAGACAACUCACAAUCUCCAGAUUUAAACACAUUUGAGACAGGUUUCUGUCCACAGUCCACUUGCAGCAAUGAAAAACAACAGUUUCGGAGGAAUUCUUGUCCUUCUCUCUCUUCUUCGUUUGAGGAAAAUUAUUUUGCGGAUUAUCAAGUGGUGGAGGACAACUCACAAUCUCCAGAUUUAAACACACUUGAGACAGGUUUCUGUCCACAGUCCACUUGCAGCAAUGAAGAACAACAGUUUUGGGAAAAAAAACGAGAUAAAAGAAAUACUGUUUGUCCCUGUGCACAGUCAACCACAGAAGACAUCAUGCUCAUGUGCUUGACUUUAGGAUUAAGACACAAUUUAACGUGGCAAGCACAAAUUGACAUUCUAAAAAUGGUAAAUGCUAUGUAUGGAGAAGAAAGGAUUCCAAGUAGCAAGUACAAAUAUUUUUCUCAGAUCGAUCGAACAAACAAUUGCUUAAAAUAUCAUAUUUUUUGUCCUGAAUGUGAAAGAUAUGUAGCAAAUACUAGUAAUGUGUCAGAAUCUGUUAAUUGCAAUUGUGGGCAUGUUAUCACUGUUUCCUCCUCAAAUUAUUUCAUAUCAAUAGAUUUAGAAUCUCAAUUCAAGAUACUUUUAAAGACUGAAAAUAUUGUUCAUUCUCUUCUUACGUAUAGAUUUCAACGUUCCAAAAUUGAUGAUACUGCUCUAGAAGAUAUCUAUGAUGGAAAAGAGUAUAAAAAGUAUUUCGAUAAUGACAAUAUUCUGUCACAUGCUUAUAAUUUUUCGUAUUCAUUUAAUACUGAUGGUAUUCCUAUGGGUAAAUCUUGUGGAAAAACCAUAUGGCCCAUUUAUAUUACAAUAAAUGAAUUACCGCCAAAGGAAAGGAGUAAACACGUGUUACUUGCCGGAUUGUACGUUGGAAAGAAAGAUCCAAAUCAAAAUGUUUUUUUACAACCUUUUGUUGAACAAGCUAAUAAUUUGUCCCUUCAUGGCUUUCACUGGACUCACAAUGGAAAAGAUGUAAUUAGCAAAGUGAUUCCUUUGUGCGCUAUUGUAGAUUCAAUUGCUCGAUUUCACAUGUUAAAUAUAUCUGGUAUUAAUUCUUAUUAUGCAUGUACAUUUUGUUAUCAAAAAGCUGAACAUACGAUAAAAGGACAGAGAUUUCCUCCGUCUAUACAAAAAGCACCUGAACGAACAAGAGAGUCUACUAUUAAAGACAUCGAAAAAAUACAUGAAAGACGAAAUGAAAGUGAUGUAAAGAAAAAAUACGUUAAAGGCGUGAAGGGACCGACAGCAUUGUUGCAACUACGUUUCUUUAAUUUGAUCGGUGGUUUUGUGCCAGAGUAUAUGCAUUGUAUUCUUCUGGGUGUUAUUCGAUUGCAUACAGAAUUGAUUUUUGAUUCCAGUCGUAAAAAAUUUUGGAAAACGCAGGAAUUUAUAAGCGCCAGUACUUACGCGAUGGAAAAAAUCGACCUCGCGGAACGUUCAGCCUUGCUCGAGGAAAUAUUAAAUACAAAAUUGAAAGGAAAACUCUUACUGGAUUUUCAAACCAGAAGCAUACAAGAUUUCGAACAAUUACGGCGAGAAAUAGAGAUAAACUAUUUGGGAAGACGCGGAACAUCGCAUCUUCAAUUAGAGUUUAACGCCUUAAAACAAAAAACGAGUGAAAGCGCGCACACAUACGGACGACGCGUAGAUCAAUUAGGGAUGGAAUUAUAUGAAUCGUUAAUAGAAAAAAGAAAUCCUACAAACGAACAGAAACGAGCGAUCCUAGAGACAAUUCAGGAUCAAGCACUAUUAAACUUCGAAUUAGGAUUGCGCGAGGACAUCAAAAUGAUAGUCCGAUCGCAAAAAUAUGCUACUCUGCAAGAGGCUAUUAACGCCGCGAGCGCGGAAGAAAAAAUUAAAGGCCCUUCCUUAAAAACGCCAUUUAGUAAUCAAAAUAGAAGUGGACCGCUUCAAAAUAAAAUUAUACAGUGCCACAAAUGCGGAAAAGCAGGGCACUACGGUCAAAAUUGUCGGACGAGCCGUUAUGCAAAUAAAUUUACUUUGCCUCGUGCUGAAAAGCCAGCAGGAAUAAAUACCGUCGAGAAAUUUUGCACCUAUUGUAAAAAGGCGGGACAUAAUCGAAACGAAUGUUGGAUACUUAACGGACGACCCGAUAGAGAUACGCGACAACGCGCGAGACGCGAAGCGGAUAAUAAAACAAAGCGAGUAAACACCGCAGUAAAAGCGAGAGAACCGAGAAGGAGCAAGCGAAAUAGCGAUAGCGAGGAAGCAUCAUAUGCUAGCAGCGAAGAAGAAGAGAGAACGAAGACGCGGAAAAGGCGAGCGGCAAUUGAGCAUCAGAUUACGCAAGUAACUGGAAAUCGUGCGAAUAUCGGUCUCAGAUUAGUAACUUUGCCGAUAAAAGAAAUGAAAAAGGGACGCAUAAAUCUCUUAUUAGAUACCGGAGCCACCCUAACACUAAUCAAAGUAGGGAAUUUAAAAGGCGAAACGCUCAUAACUGAAAAGCCAAUGGCUCUCACCGGAGUGACGGGCCAUCAAAUUAAAACUAUUGGUAAAAUAAAGGCGACUGUAAUAAUAGGAAAUAAAGAAAUACGCCACACCAUGCACGUAGUGAAGGAUGAUUUUCCUAUCGAUUACGCAGGAAUACUUGGUAUGGAUUUCCUGCAGAAACAUAAAAUUAAGAGCGAUCAAAAAAGCUAUCUUCAAGUCGAUGGAGUAACACUGAAACUCCAUCCCUAUAAAAAACUAACGCUAACUCCUCGUAGCGAGACCAUAAUCCAAGCGGUAACAGAUAAAAAUCGCAUUGGAAUAGUAAAAUCAGAAGAAAUGCGACCAGGAGUAUUUAUUGGCAAUUGCCUGGUAGCACCUGAAGAAUAUGCUUGCCCAAUAAGUAUGCUAAAUACAACGGGAGAGACAGUAGAAAUAAUAACACCGCUCGUGACAAUAGAUGAAUUGCGGGCAAAUGACCGCGAGAACAUACUCACACUACAUACAGCAUGUAACAAGAGCGACUCACCAAUACUAACACGCCGCGAGCGUAUACGAGCGCAGAUAGGAACCGAGCAUUUAAAUCAAGAAGAAAAGAAGACCAUUGAACGAUUAUGCGAAGACUUCUGCGAUAUCUUUCAUUUAGAUGGAGAUAUGCUGACACACACGUCCACUGUGGAGCAUGAAAUAAAUAUCCGCACAAAUAGCGCACCUGUAAAUGUGCGACCUUAUAGAUUACCAGAAAAACAUAAGGAAGAGGUAAAUCGACAAAUAGAAAAAAUGCUAAAAGAAGAUAUUAUCCGACCUAGCGCGAGUCAGUGGAACGCGCCACUACUGGUCGUUCCAAAGAAAGGCGACACGACAGAGAAGCCGAAAUUGAGAAUCGUGAUAGAUUUUCGAAAACUUAACGAGCUAACGAUAGGCGACUCUUUCCCUCUGCCGAAUAUAAAUGAUAUUCUAGAUCAAUUAGGAAACGCGAAAUAUUUUUCUACAUUAGAUCUUGCCUCGGGAUAUCAUCAAAUUCCCAUGAGCAAGGAACACAAAAAUAAAACAGCGUUUUCCACUUCGCAUGGGCACUACGAGUUUAAUAGAAUGCCCUUCGGGUUAAGGAAUGCACCCGCAACUUUUCAAAGAUUAAUGAACGCAAUAUUAGCCGGAAUCCAAGGCUUAAGAUGCCUCGUAUAUUUGGACGACAUCGUCGUCUACGGAUCAAAUUUGGAAGAACAUAACAAACGCCUGAUUGAAGUAAUGCAGCGUUUACGAAAACAUAAUCUAAAAUUACAGCCCGACAAGUGCAAUUUCCUUAGAAAGGAAGUAAUUUAUCUAGGUCAUAUAAUUACUGAAAAUGGAAUACGACCAGAUCCAAGCAAAUUAAGUGCUGUAAACAAUUUUCCUAUACCAAGAAAAAUCAAGGAUGUGCAAUCAUUUAUCGGAUUGGCCGGAUAUUACCGGAAAUUCAUUGAAGAAUUUUCGAAAAUUGCUAAACCUCUUACGAGUUUAACUAAAAAGGGGGUAAAAUUUGAAUGGAGCAUGGAACAGCAAAACGCGUUCGAAUUAUUAAAGGCAAAACUCACGUCGGCACCCGUACUAAGUUACCCGGAUUUCUCUCGUGAAUUCUUAGUAACGACCGACGCAUCCGAUCAUGCAAUUGGAGCCGUAUUAUCACAAGGUCCCGUAGGCAGAGACCGACCGAUUGCUUAUGCUAGUAGAAUUUUAAAUAAAGCCGAACAAAACUAUAGCACGACAGAAAAGGAACUAUUAGCUAUAGUAUGGGCCGUAAAACAUUUUCGACCCUAUUUAUAUGGUACAACGUUUACCAUCGUGACAGACCACAGACCAUUAAUCUGGCUAUUCAAUGUCACGGAUCCAGGUUCUAGAUUAAUUAGAUGGCGACUAAAAUUAGCGGAGUAUGAUUAUAAAAUCGUACACAAAAAAGGCAAAUGCAAUACAAAUGCCGAUGCAUUAAGCAGAAAUCCAGUUACGGGAGACCCACACGUCAAUCUCAUCCAUCCAGAGGAAGAAGGACGGCAAGAAGAAGAAGAAGAAGAGGAAGAAACAAUUAAAGAAUAUACGGCUGAGGAGAAACGCCGCAUACUAUACGAGUAUCAUGACGCUCCGUUAGGGGGGCAUCAGGGGGUCGCGCGGACACUGAACCGUAUCCGAUUACUACAUAACUGGAGAGGCAUUACUCGAGACGUCGAAGAAUACAUAAGCAAAUGUGAAUAUUGCCAAAAGAACAAAUUAAGUAAAAAGACGAAGAUGCCAUUAGUAAUUACAGACACGCCUACGAAACCGUUUGAAAAAUGUGCAUUAGAUAUCGUAGGGCCAUUAACUGUCACAACCAAUGGGAAUAAAUAUAUCCUGACCUUCCAGGACAAUUUAACUAAAUUCAGUAAAGCUAUUCCUAUAGAUAAUCAAGAAGCGGCUACCGUCGCGAAAGCAUUCGUGACCAAAAUAAUAGUAGAACACGGUACGCCGGAUAAAAUCCUUACCGAUCAAGGUACUAACUUUACUAGCGAGAUGUUUAAAAAUACUUGCAAACUAUUGAAAAUAGAAAAGAUACAAACGACAGCCUAUCAUCCGGAGAGUAACGGAGCCUUAGAGCGCUCACACAGAACGUUAGCCGAAUAUCUCCGGCAUUAUGUUAAUGAGGAACAGAGCGACUGGGACGAGUGGUUACCCUACGCAAUGUUCGCCUAUAAUACUACUCCUCAUACGGCAACGGGUUUCACGCCGUUUGAAUUAAUGUACGGCUAUCAAGCAACUCUACCAUCGGCGUUAUCGAAGACGCCAAAACUAACGUAUUCGUACGACAAUUACGUACAAGAACUUCGCGAAAGAAUACGCGCCACAAAUCAAAUAGCCCGAGAACACGCGCAACAAGAAAAAAUUAAAGCCAAAAAACAGUACGAUAAAACGACAAAGAAGGAAACAUUUAAGGUCGGCGACAACGUUUUACUAUUCGAUGAAACCGUUCGAAGGGGCAGAUCUAAAAAACUAGAAUCAAAAUGGAUCGGUCCCUACCUGAUUCUCGAUAAACAUAACGACGUAAAUUUUUCGAUCAGGAUGGGACGGAAAACAAUGCGCGUACACGCUAAUCGUCUAAAACUUUUUAUUGAACAUUAAAGCAGAAGCAAAUAAGCGAAUAUGUUAGUAGAAGCAAAUA